AGACAGCGAGAUGACAGAAAGAAUACUGCAGCAUAAGAAUUGGCUGUUCCUCAGCAUUUAAUGCCACAACCCAAGAGAGUGGAUUUAAUUUUUAGAAACAGGAAUACAACCUACCAUUGCUAUGGUUGUUUUGCUCCGAUGCUGCCUGGUGAGGAGGCGGCAGCUGCUGCAGCUGGUCUUUCUCUGCAUGGCUUCAGAGGUGGGGAGUGGCCAGCUCCAUUAUUCAGUGCCUGAGGAAUCCCAGCAUGGCACCUUUGUGGGCCGCAUCGCCCAGGACCUGGGGCUGGAGGUGGAUGAGCUGAUGCCUCGGAUGUUCCGGAUGGAGUCCCAAGGCCACGGCAACUACUUAGAGGUAAAUGUGCAGAAUGGGAUCUUGUUUGUGAAUUCCCGGAUAGACAGGGAGGAGCUGUGUGCCAAAAGCCCUUUGUGCUCCAUUCACUUGGAGGUGAUUGUAGACAAGCCUCUAAGAGUCUUCCAUGUAGAGGUGGAGAUCAAGGACAUAAAUGACAAUGCUCCAGCAUUCCCACAAAAGGAACAAAAUGUCUUUGUUUCAGAACUGAGAACGCCAGGCUCAUUUUUCCCACUGGAGGGAGCCUCUGAUGCAGAUAUCGGUCCAAACUCUCGCCUCAGCUAUACGCUCAGCCCCAGUGAAUACUUUUCUCUAGAUGUUCAGAGGAAAAAUGAUGAAAGCCAGUCAUUAGGACUCCUUUUAAAGACCCCUCUAGACAGAGAGGUCAAGGCUGUGCAUCGUUUGCUGCUCACAGCCAUUGACGGGGGGAAGCCAGAACUUAGUGGCACAGCACAGCUGGUGAUUUCUGUGCUUGAUGAAAACGACAAUGCACCUGCCUUUAAUCAAUCUGUUUACAAAGUCCAAAUGACAGAGGAUGUUCCGAGUGGGACAUUAGUGAUUAGACUGAAUGCCACAGAUUUGGAUGAAGCAGUCAAUAAGGAAAUUACAUAUUCAUUUCAGAACCGUGUGCCUGUUAAAUUAAAGAACAUAUUCACCUUAGAUUCCAUAACAGGGGAAAUAAGAACAAAAGAAAAACUUGACUUUGAAGAAAAUCAUCAAUAUGAGAUUCUGGUACAAGCUAGUGAUAAAGGAAGCAACCCAAUGACGGGAUAUUGUAGUGUUGUGAUUGAUGUGCUGGAUGUCAAUGACAAUGCCCCUGAGAUGCUACUGAAGUCUCUGUCAGUGCCAGUCCCAGAGGACUCCCCACCUGGAACGGUGGUGGCCCUGCUCAGUGUCUCAGAUAGGGACUCUGGGGCCAAUGGGCAAAUGAGUUGCUCCCUGCAUCCUCCUGGGCUUCCUUUCAAGCUGGUGUCUACCUUCAAGAAUUACUACUCUCUGGUUGUGGCUGAACCUCUGGAUCGGGAGCAGGUGGCAGAAUACAAGGUGGUUGUAACAGCCCAGGAUCAAGGGGCUCCAUCACUGUCAACAACCAGUAGCUUGGUGGUACCCAUCAGUGAUGUGAAUGACAAUGCGCCCACAUUUCCACAGUCCUCCUACACAGUCUUUGUGAAAGAGAAUAACCCUCCGGGUGCUCACAUCUUCACUGUUUCAGCUUCAGAUCCGGAUGUGGCUGAGAAUGGCCUGGUCAGCUACUGGCUGGAUGAGAAGCUCUGGCCGCUGUCCAGCUACAUCUCAGUGCACUCGGAGAGUGGGAAGCUCUAUGCCCUGCAGCCCUUGGACUAUGAGGAGAUGAAGCUGCUGGAGUUCCAAGUGAGAGCCAAGGAUGCUGGGCUGCCCUCCUUAUGUGGCAAUGUGACAGUGCAAGUCUUUGUGGUGGAUGAGAAUGACAAUGCCCCUGCAGUGUCUGGGCCUUCAGAAGAGGCCCCUGUCCUGCUGGUGAUCCCUGUGAUGGCAGGACAUCUUGUGGGGAAGAUCCGUGCCCUGGAUGCUGACUCAGGCUACAAUGCAUGGCUGCGCUAUGAACUACCUGAGGCGACCAAUGGUCCAUGGAGGGUGGGGCUGUACAGUGGUGAGAUCAGCACCACACGUGUCCUUGAUGAAGGAGAGAGCAGUGGUAGGAGCCAGAAUCUGCUGGUUUUAGUGAAGGAUCAUGGCAAGCCAGCACUCUCAGCCACUGCCACACUAAGUGUGUCCUUGGUGCCAAAUGCUCAGGCCAGUAAAACUGACACCCACCUUUCUAGAACAGGAGGGGGCCAAAAGCCUUUGGUGGACAAUGUCAAUGUCUAUUUGAUCAUCGCCAUCUGCUCUGUGUCCAGCUUGUUCCUGCUGGUGAUCAUAGUUUACAUGGCCCUGAGAUGCCAGAGCCAGGCAAAAGAAGCCAUGACUUAUGGUCCUGGCACGGCCACAUUGGUGUGUGCCAGCGAAGUGGGCAGCUGGUCGUAUUCGAAUCGUCACAGCCAUAUCCUGGCAGGAGUAAGUGGUGAGCCUGGUAUCAAAAGCGACCUCAUGGUUUUCAGCCCCAACAUUCCUCCUCCUCCUGGCAGUGAGAAACAGGAACAAAUACUUUGUGACACAUCAGUACAGCUGCAUUUGAAACAAAUAUUCGAAUCUCAUCUCUCUAUGGUUAUUAUGUGGAUAGUCUCCUUGAGAAGGAGGCUGCUGCUGCAGCUGGCUCUGCUCCACACAGCCUGGCAGGUGGGGAGUGGCCAGCUCCAUUACUCUGUGCCUGAGGAAUCCCAGCAUGGCACCUUCGUGGGUCGCAUAGCUCAGGAUCUGGGACUGGAGGUGAGUGAACUGGUGCCUCGACUGUUCCGGAUGGAAUCCCAAGGCCGUGGGGAAUAUUUCAGGGUAAAUUUGCAGAAUGGGAUUUUGUUUGUUAAUACCCGGAUAGACAGGGAGGAGUUGUGUGGCAAGAGCCCUUUGUGCUCUAUUCAUCUGGAGGUGAUUGUGGAUAAACCCCUGAAGGUCUUCCAUGUGGAAGUGGAGAUUGCCGACAUAAAUGACAAUGCUCCUGCAUUCUCUGUUGCUGAGCAAACGUUGGUUAUUGCAGAAUCAAGACUGCCACAUUCUCCUUUCCCACUGGAGAGUGCUUCUGAUGCAGAUAUUGGCACCAAUGCUUUGUUAACCUAUGCAAUCAACCCAAAUGAUUAUUUCAGGCUGAGUGUAGUAACCAGUGAAGACCAGAGUAAAUCUGCUGGGCUUGAAUUAAAGAAACCGCUGGAUAGAGAAGACAUCUCUGUACAUCAUUUAUUACUUACGGCUACAGAUGGGGGCAAACCAGAACUCACUGGCACAGUCCAGCUGGUGAUAAAUGUGCUGGAUGUAAAUGACAAUGCUCCAUUAUUCAAUCAAUCUGUUUACAAAGUCAGGUUGCCAGAGAAUACAGCUAAUGGGACACUUAUAAUUGCACUCAAUGCCACAGACUUGGAUGAAGGCAUUUUUAAAGACGUUGCUUAUUCUUUUAGCAACCUUGUUUCUUCUAAAGUUAAACAUUUCUUCCAAAUAAAUGAGCACACUGGUGAAAUCAAGGUUACAGGGCCACUGGAUUACGAAGACAUUAAUUUGUGGGAAAUUCAGGUUGUGGCAGAAGAUAAAGGGAAUCCUCCUUUAGCUGGACGCUGUAAAGUUGUGAUAGAAAUUCAAGACAUGAACGACAAUGCCCCCGAGUUGUUGCUGAAGUCCUUGUCAGUUCCAGUACGGGAGGACUCCCCGCUUGGGACAAUGGUGGCCCUGAUCAGUGUGUCAGACAGAGACUCUGGAGCCAAUGGGCAAGUGAGCUGCUCACUGUGGCCUGCUGAACUUCCCUUCAAGCUGGUAUCCAACUUCAAGCAUUACUAUUCACUGGUGCUGGAGGCACCCCUUGAUCGGGAGCAGGUGGCUGAAUAUGUGCUAGUAGUGAUGGCUCGAGAUGAAGGAACUCCAUCACUAUCAGCUAGUAGCAGCCUGGUGGUGCCCAUUGCGGAUGUGAAUGAUAAUGCACCCACUUUCACACAGCCCACCUAUACUAUCUUUGUGAAGGAGAACAACCCACCUGGUGCUCACAUCUUCACUGUGUCUGCCUCAGACCCGGAUGUGGCUGAGAAUGGCCUGGUCAGCUACUGGCUGGAUGAGAAGCUCUGGCCGCUGUCCAGCUACAUCUCGGUGCAUUCGGAGAGUGGGAAGCUCUAUGCCCUGCAGUCCUUGGACUAUGAGGAGAUGAAGCUGCUGGAGUUCCAAGUGACCGCCAAGGAUGCUGGGCUGCCCUCCUUGUGUGGCAAUGUGACAGUGCAAGUCUUUGUGGUGGAUGAAAAUGACAAUGCCCCUGCAGUGUCUGGUCCUGCAGAAGAUACUCCUGCCCUGCUGGUGGUCCCUGUUGCAGCUGGGCAUCUUGUGGGCAAGGUCCGUGCUGUGGAUGCUGACUCAGGCUACAAUGCAUGGCUGCGCUAUGAGCUGCAUGAGACAAACAACAACAGCCCCUGGCGAGUAGGGCUUUACAGUGGUGAGAUCAGCACCACACUUGCCCUGGAAGGGCCAGAGUAUGGUGUUAGCCAGAGCCUGUUGGUGCUGGUGAAGGACCAUGGCAAGCCUGUGUUGUCAGCCACAGCCACCUUGAGUGUGUCAUUAGUGGCGAGUGCCCAGACUGUUCAGGCUGAUGACCGCCUUUCCCGGAUGGGAAGUAGCCCAAAGCCCCUGGCGGACAAUGCCAAUGUCUACUUGAUCAUCGCCAUCUGCUCGGUGUCCAGCUUAUUCUUGCUAGUGAUCAUAGUAUACAUGGCUCUGCGAUGCCAAUGCCAGGCAAAGGAGGCGAUGACGUAUGGUCCUGGAACUGCCACACUGGUGUGUGCCAGCGAAGUGGGCAGCUGGUCAUAUUCCAAUCGCCACAGCCACAUCCUGGCAGGUGUGGCUGGGGAAGCUGGUGGCAAGAGUGACCUCAUGGUUUUCAGUCCCAAUGUCCCUGUCUUUGCAGUGAAUGGGGAAGCAGGAAAUGCAAAGGAGCUGGUUCCCAAUUCAUCUGGAGAGCCAAAACCACCUAAUCCUGACUGGCGUUAUUCUGCAUCCUUAAGAGCUGGAAUGCAAGGUGCUGUGCACAUGGAGGAAGCAGCAGGCUUACGUGGAGGACCAGGAGGACCUGAACAGCAGUGGCCAACUGUAUCCAGUGCAACAACAGAACCUGAGGCUGGCGAGGUGUCCCCCCCAGUGGGAGCUGGCGUGAACAGCAACAGCUGGACCUUUAAAUAUGGACCUGGCAACUCCAAGCAGCCUGGGCCCGGUGAGUUGCCAGACAAAUUCAUUAUCCCAGGAUCUCCUGCAAUCAUCUCCAUUCGACAGGAUCCACCAAACAGCCAAACUGACAAAAGUGACUUCAUAACCUUCGGCAAGAAGGAGGAGACCAAGAAAAAGAAGAAAAAGAAGAAGGGAAACAAGGCUCAGGAGAAAAAAGAAAAGGGCAACAGCACCACUGACAACAGUGACCAGUGAGGGGUUUAUACAGAACAAUCUACUUAGCCAAUUUUUGUAAUCAUGGAAGAUCUCUCCUAUGUAGCAACUCCCGACUUCUUCCUACUGUUAACCAAUUUCCUGUAUGUGCAAGACUUCAAAAAUCCACAGGGAAUUCACAAUUUCUGUCUAGAUUGCUUAACAGGUUUUGUCUUGAAAGCUUUAUUAAGCCUGGUGUUAACUCUUUUUCUCCACUCUGGCUUGUUUUCAGAAUCUAAAAAGCAGACACAAGUUUCUUUUCUCCUACGCCGAAAAGGAGACUCUUCACAAUACAGCCAGUGAGAGGUUGGACUCUUUGCAUUGUGGUUCCUGUGAUCCUGUCUUGAUGACACUUAUAGGGGGGAAAAACAUUUUUGGUAUUGUGCACCCUGUAUCUGAUUAGAAACUUUUGUGUGCUGAUUAUUGGCUAGAUGAUGCAAGAUCAAAUUAAAAUGUCACAAGAAGAGCUUGUAAAACAUGAACAAAUGAAGUUCCUUGUGAAAUGUGCAAUGCUGAGUGGCCUGGGGAACUAUCUUACAAUUUGCAAUUAGAUUUUUCGUAAUACACCAAAUCUAGUGUGUAGUCCGCUGGAGCUUUUAUAUAUUUUAUAUACACACUCCAGCAAAGUGGAAGGCUCACUUGGCAACUCUUAUGAGAUACCAUAAAGUAUAUCUUCCUCCAAGCCAUUGGCCAUAUCGCCACAAUAAGGCCUUUGUUCUCCUUGCAAGGAUGUCCCUCAGGGAACGUCUGCAUGGCAACCUCUCACACUCUUGGCUCAGUGCUUUAGUGCUAACAGGAAGUGCGGGAGAUCUCUCUCUUAAAAACCCCAACAGGAACGUUGGGGAGUGGGAAUUCCCUUGCUCACAUCUUGUACUCAGCUGUGUAGACAGACAGCACUGGGGGUCCUGCAACCCAGACCAUGGCAUGUGUGUACCACAGGGAGUUGGAUGUCCAUCCAGGGCACAUCUGAUGCCUUUUGAAACCACUGUGCAGACAUGCCCUCAGAGUUUAACAAGGGAAGGAAGGGCUGACAUCUCAGGAAUGUAACGGACUGUGAUGUUUCCUUUAUGUCCUUGUUUCCACUCUAUUUAACAUUCUUUUGCACAUAAUGUCUCUGAAAAGGUCAGAGUAUUUUCCAUAACACAUAUGCAAAAGUAAGGACAAAACAAGAAAACAAGAAAAACCUUAUCUAUGCUAAUUGUGAUUUUAUUUAUAAAGGGAAAAUAGCUGUAGGUGAAAAAGAUAUACGAUGUCCUUUAACCCAAACUGAAGUAAAUUUACAGCCAUCAGAAAAUAUAAUUGCUGCUAUUGAAGUGCUUUAGAAAAAAAAAUUGCCUGAAACAUCUGUAUUAUAUCUGCCAAUCACAGCUUUAUUCUGUCAGGUCACUGGGUGGGGUGGGGGGCUGCCUCUUGCAUGCAUUAAGAAAUACAAGAUUUUCUCUUUCUCUUUUUGCAUUCUUUACUCUGCACUUUGAGUACACAACAUUUGCAAACAAAUUUUCAUCAGAGGAAGCGGAAGCAAACCCUUUUUCACACAAGCAGAUCUACUAACCUGCUAGCCCUGUGCAGUGUUUUGGUGUUAUUAUCUCCCACAUGACCUCCUUGGGUUUUAGUUUUACUUCUCGAUGAGUUAAUACAUUUCUGACCCUACAACUAACACUCAUUAUGUAAAAUUCAAGUACUGUAUGUAUGCUAUACGCUCUUAUAAGUAUCCUGAAAUAUUUAUUCUGUGCUUUGUGUAUGUGAAUGUCAAUGCAACUAUUACCUAGCGUGGACAUUAAGCUUUACUGUUGAAUGUAAAUCCAUUUUUUUUUUGUACGCUUGUGAAAAAGUGUAGUGUUAAUAUUUUUAAGCCACUGUUAGUUACCAGUUUUUGUGUAUGAAUUGAAACACAAGUAAAAUAUCUUUCUUAAAUCAAGAAAUCAGUACAUCACAGGAUAUUAUUUCAGAAGUGGGAGUGAGGGGACUAUGAAGCAAUGUAGCUUUGCCUCCUAAAAAGCAAAUAUACAGCUGAGAUUUGGACUGAAAUUGUACUAGACACAAAACUAUUCUGUGUAUUAAGCAGCAUAGAGGCUGUCAAGGAGUGCUAGAAGAAGAAAUGUUAAAUAUUGGAGGGUAUGCCACAAGGCGACUUGAGGAGCUUUCACACAUUAAGGCAUUUAUAGGCCCCUCUUCUAUUACUCCUUUUCUAUGUAAAUCGCUUUGGGAUUUUGUUGUUGUUGAGAAGUGGUAUAUAAAUAAUAGUAGUAAGUAAGUAUUGUAUCCUCCCCAUAUGACCUAAGAUGUUUUUUGAAGUCAAAGAAGCCUCAUACGUAACUUUUGACACAGUGCAAGGAUCUGCAGUUGAAAGUGGAAAUCAAGAAACUGGCUAUUAUUUAUUCUUCAACGUUUAUGUUAUUCUUUUCAAUUUCUUUAAAAAAAAACUAUCAAAGCCAUUUACAUAGCAAACUGAGUAAGAAAAUGGUUCCUUGUGUCCCAAAGGAGCUGACAAUCUGCCAUCUACAAUGAAAGACUAGGGAGACGCCAGCAGGAGUCACCUGAAAAGCUGCUGUUUUGGGCCAAAUAGGGACAGUUGUUCUCCCCCUGCUUAAUAGAAGAGAGCCACCCAAAAGAGAGCCACCCACUCUUUGGCAGACAGAAGGGGGCUGACUGUUCUGUAUGUGCAUGGGGAUACCAGAUACUGGCCCAUCGCUCAGAGGGUUCUGUAAAUGCAAACUCUGUGUGAUAUGAGAGUUCUUAAAGUAUUAAUGCUCACUCUAAUCUUUUAUUAAAGGGAAUAUAUUGAAUACUUGUAAAAUGGUUGAAUAUGA